UUUCAUCAAGUUGACUUUUUCCUCACCAUUCCUUCUUCAAAUCUUCACCAUUCCUUCUUCAAACAGUCUACAAUUGUCUUUGCAAUUCAUCCCAACACACACAAACACAACACUCAAAUCUGAGAUCCAAUCAUUUCAACAAAAUUUCAUAUUCUAAUUCAUGUACUUACAUUUUCAACAUAAUCUUUGAGAAAAGAAGUAGUUGUUGCUCUGAAUGAUAUCGAUUUGAAUCUCUUUAAUUAAACGGAAACAAAGGCGAUAUACGCAUAAAACAUGGUUACAAAAGAGAACAAAGGCCAAGAUGGUAGAGCUCCACUUAUUGGUCAAGAUGGAAGAAGAAAGGAGAAUAAUUAUAUGGUCUAUCUUAGCACAUUUGUUGCAGUAUGUGGUUCAUUUUCAUUUGGAACAGGUGUUGGAUAUUCAUCUCCUAGUGAGGCUGGCAUCAAGAAAGAUCUAAAUCUAACAAUAGCACAGUAUUCAUUGUUUGGGUCCAUACUGACAUUUGGAGCGAUGAUCGGCGCCGUCGCAAGUGGGCCCAUGGCUGAUUUCUUCGGUCGAAAAGGAGCAAUGAGAAUAUCUAGUAUUUUCUGUAUAGGAGGGUGGCUAGCAAUUUACCUUGCUCAGGGGCCUGUGCCUCUCGAUACCGGAAGGUUAGCAACAGGAUACGGAAUGGGAGUAUUUUCCUACGUGGUACCUGUGUUCAUAGCCGAAAUAGCACCCAAACAGUUAAGAGGAUUGUUAACUGCAGCAAAUCAGCUCUUGAUCAUCGCUGGAGUGUCGGUUUCGUUUGUAAUAGGAACACUGCUACACUGGAGAACCAUGGCUUUGGCAGGACUGAUUCCUUGUGUUGUUUUACUUGUGGGCCUAUCUUUAAUACCCGAAUCUCCUAGAUGGCUGGCUAAGAUAGGAAAACAAGCAGAGUUUGAUUUUGCGUUAAGGAAACUUCGCGGGACGGAUGUUGAUGUAUCCGAAGAGGCAGCCGAAAUCAAGGAUUAUAUAGAAACACUAGACAAGCUCCCGAAAGCCAGACUAUUCGAUUUGUUCCAAACAAGAUAUUUGAAAUCGGUUAUCAUAGGAGUUGGAUUAAUGAUCUUUCAACAAUUUGGAGGAAUAAAUGGUAUCUGUUUUUACGCAAGCAGUAUUUUUGCGUCUGCAGGUUUUGCAGCUGAUAUUGGUACAAUAACCUAUGCUGUUCUUCAGGUUGUGGUUACCACCUUAAACGCGCUAUUCAUCGACAAAGCCGGUAGAAAGCCACUGUUACUGGUUUCCGUGACAGGGAUGGCUUUGGGCUGUUUAUUAGCAGCCGCUUCAUUUUACAUGAAGACUUAUCAAAUAGCUCUAGCGGCAGCACCUGCGCUAGCUGUAACCGGCAUACUGUUGUAUAUAGCAGGAUUCUCAUUAGGAAUGGGAGCGGUUCCAUGGGUCAUAAUGUCCGAGAUAUUCCCCAUUAACAUCAAGGGCACUGCUGGUGGGCUUGUGACAUUAGUAAAUUGGGCCGGUGCAUGGGCUGUUUCCUACACUUUCAAUUUUCUCUUAACAUGGAGUUCCUAUGGCACUUUCCUCCUUUAUGCAGCAGUAAAUGUAGCUUGUAUUGUAUUUGUGAUAAAUUUGGUGCCUGAAACAAAAGGAAAAACUUUGGAAGAGAUACAAGCUGCCAUAAAUCAUCACUGACACAAACGUCGCACGUUACAAGUUCGUUAUAUUAUAACAUUACAUUCUUGAACGAGUAUCAAAUCGACUUAUAAUAAAUCGAUAAUCAUUUCUACUAUGUGUGUUGUGUUUGAA